AUGGACACACCACAACCUCCCCAAGUCAGGGUUGACGAGCCUGUGCAAUCGACUCCAGUACAGUCGACUGAUGCUACUUCCAGCACUCAGACUGCUCAGCCAGCUCAGCCAGCUCAGCCAGCCCCGACCGAUGGCAGUGUUAGUGUUGCGACAAAUGAUGUGGAGAUGGGAGGCACCUUGAACGCGACACCUCAACCCGAUGCGCCAACUUCAGACGUGCAAGAGAUAGCUCCCGUCCCCGCAAAGAAGAGCUCCCCCAUCAACUUCAUCGACGCCUUGACCACACCGUUUAUUGAGAUCAUUGUGGGCCAAGGAAAUAAUGACAACCCACUCAAAGCCCACCAGGGACUACUCGUGCAAUCACCCAAACUCGCCGAGCUGAUCGAUGGCCUGGCAGCAUCGGACCCGGUGAGUACCCAGUACCCAUUUACCUUACUAGACAGCGACAGUCACCAAUCGCCCAUUCACCAGCGUCGCAUCCACCUCCCUGACGAAGACGUCGAUGCUGUCGGUCACUUCGUGCAAUUCCUCUACAGGGGCGACUAUGCCAUACCCGAGUCCCACACCCCGGACCUCUCAGACGCCGAUAAAAGCGAGGAGAACAUGCUUCGCCACGCGCGCAUCUACACCCUAGCAGAGAAGCUCGGCCUCCCGGAACUGAAGAACCUCGCCCAUGGCAAAAUCCAUAAAAUCAAGGGUACACCAGGCGCGGAGCUGGCUUAUGCUCGCUACGUGUACACACAUACCAAGGACGAUGACAAUGCUAUUCGGAGACCUGUGGCUUCGCACUGGGCUAAUCAGAGUCACAUUCUGCGCCAUGAGGUUGGUGAUGAUUUCCAGAAAUUGUGCAUUGAUGUACCGAGGUUCUCGUUUGAUGUUUUGUCCAUCAUUCUGGAUCGCAAGGAGAAGAACAGCGCCCAUGAUGAUAUUAGGGGGAAGUGCUCGCAAGCGCCUUAG